GUUCAGGAGUAAUUUACACACUGAACUUCAAACAUGAGAAUCUUCCUAUCAUUAGCUAGAAUCUUUUAGUUUUUAUCAUUAAAUGUGUUGAAUUGUCGUCUUUGAACUGAUGCCAGCUAAGGAGCACCUGAUCCAGGAUUUUAAACUGCAUGAGAACCUUCUUGCUAGGAAAUGCAACCAAUUUUCAGUAAAAUUCUUUAGAUGAUUUUUGUCAUCAGUGUGGGGUUUCUUCAAAUGAUGGAGAAAAUGGAGUUCACAGAAAUCAUCUUGGAAGACCACAGGAGAGAGGAGAGUAAGAUUGAUUUUGUUAACCCAGCCUACCAGCCUGACAAUGCAAUACAGUCUGCAGAACAAGAGGAUCAAGAGACUGGGAAAUACGUGAAAGCUAAUUCACUGACCAGAUCAGUGAAUGAUUCCUGGGAAACACUUGGUGGGAAAACUGGCACAUGCUCAAGUUUGGUCUGGCUGUUUGUCAUAGGGACUGUAAUUGUGACCGUCCUGGCUAUCGGAGGGAGUUUGAUCACCUUCAGUGUCCAAUAUAUUAUGCAGGAAUCAUCAGAGAAUCAGUCUGGGGAAAUGAUCACUCCCCAAAAUGAUGGUAACCAGCCCUUCAUCAGCCUCUUUACAGUCUCUUCCAUUGGUACUACUACCAGCUCCAAGAAUGUGAUCCUGGAACUUCCUGGUGUUUCAGCAGUUACUGCAGCAUCCCAGAUCUUUACACCAUCACCAUUGUGUGGUGAGAUUUUUCAAACUCCUGAGGGUUCAUUUUCCAGCCCCCGUUAUCCAGCACAAUAUCCGGCAAAUCUGGUCUGUGUUUGGUACAUUGUGGCGGAACCGGGCUACGUGAUCAGGUUUAAGGUCAACUCGAUAAAUAUAGAAGGAAAGACACCGUGUCAUUUUGACUGGCUUGAUCUCCAUGAGGAGACAGAGAAUGGACUUCACUCUCACCAGAUAGCAAGGUUAUGUGGAAAUGUUGUACCUCCCACUGUCAAUACCAACACGAGUCGGCUUAAAGUUUCUUUUGUGUCAGAUGCAAGUGUUGCUGGACAUGGUUUCACAGCACGAUACUGGAUAAUUGCAUCAAGUGACAAGAGCUGUGCCUGGGAUGAGUUUCUGUGCGAUGAUGGUCGUUGUCUUUUCACCAACUUUAACUGCAACAACUUUUAUGAUUGUUUGGACAAGACUGAUGAACUGAAUUGUGCUGAUCAUCAACAUGAUUGUGGUGGGAUUCUGACUGCUCUGGAAGGAUCUCUGGUUACUCCGAAACACCCUGAGCUGUAUCCACACAAACAAGUGUGUGUGUGGCACAUAUCAGUUCCUCAGGGUCAUGUCAUUCAGUUGCUAUUCCACAACUUCAGCCUGGAGCCUGCAGCUGACUGUCGCUAUGACUUUGUGGAGGUACAUGACCAGAUUAACAGCAGUCCCAGCCGUCUCAUGGGCAGAUAUUGUGGGCAUUCACUCCCUCCAGUUCUGACAUCCACCCGACACGAGAUGCUGGUGCUUUUUGUGGCUGAUGCGGAAGAAUCAGAGGUGGGAUUCUUUGCCACCUACCAAUCAAUAAACAAGAGUGAGGCAACAUGCAGCCCUCAGGAAUUCAGAUGUAUAGAUGGACAGUGUCAAGCAGUGCAGUGGGUGUGUGAUGGCUGGAAUGACUGCUCAGAUGGGAGCGAUGAGAUGAACUGCAGUGAUAUUACCCAUCUCCCUUAUGAAGCUAAUUGUGAGAAGAUUGAGGUGGCGAUGUGUCAAGGCCUCAGUUAUAAUGAGACUUCAUUCCCCAAUAUUUGGCUUGGAAUUGCAGAUCAGAGGAGUGCUAUUUCUACCCUGAAGGACUACAAGCUUCUGACUGAGCUGGUGUGCUAUGAGACCCUACGUCUACUGACCUGCAGCAUCAUUGUGCCUAAAUGUACACAGGAUGGUGGAGUGAUGCCACCGUGCCAGUCCCUCUGCCAAUCUGCUGAGAAACAGUGUCAACAUUCACUCGAGUCUCUGGGCAUAAUGUGGCCUUUCAACUGUAACAUUUUCCCGGACUCUGAUGAUCCAAUUGAAUGCGUGAGAGCAUAGAGAUAACCCACCAUUCCCAUCCAGACCUGUAACUACUGUUCAUCUUACUCUGCAGGCACAAAUCUUAAUAAAACAUUAAUUACGUAUUUCUUGUAAAAGUGAAGUUUUUGUAUAUGUUCAACAAGACCAAAAAUAUGAUGAUGGAAUUAACACUUAAGGACAGAUCAUGAUUGCCAAGUGGCCUAGCACCUGCAGAUAAAUUGAUGCAAUUUUAAAAUGUCACAGCCACCACCCCCCUCCCACACCCCCCAUCCAGAAACACACAAGAGAGUUCUUGGAAACCUGGUUCACAACAGACACAGAGAUAGACGCAGUGUACAAACCGCUGCAGAGAAGACCCAGAAGUGAUACUCACCUCAACAGACCGGACCAUGUAAAAACCACACGGGGCAGAACAACAGCGCUCCACGGAGCCGCACUGAUGAUGUUACCCAGUAUGGAAAUGAAAUGUCUGUAUGAUAACACAG